AUGGAUUUCGAUGAGGUUCUCUCGCGAGCGGGACAGCUCGGCCGUUACCAGAAAUGGUUCCUCGUUCUUGUGUGUUUACCCGCUUGUUUUCUCGCGAGCGUCAAUAUAUUCGUCCAUGUAUUCAUCUCGGAUGUUCCGGAGCACCAUUGUUCUCCGUCCCUUAAGGACGACCGGGCGAUGCUUCUCAGGCAGAGCUUGACACAUCCAGAGGAUUUCGAGACUGCACUACGAGUUAUCUUCCUGCCGCGCGACUCCCGAGGAACUUUCUCCCAAUGUCAACAAUAUGGUGUCGACCUGAACUCCGUCAUCGACCACGUCGUCAAAACCCAUGGAUAUAUCAACUUGACAAUCCUUGAGGAGUUCGUCGAGCGCAAUCGUUGGCCCUCCGUCCAAUGCCUCAAUGGAUGGGUCUACGAUAAGGAUGAAUACAGCGAGACCCUCGCGUCGAAGUUCAACGCGGUCUGCGAGCAGGAGUGGCUUGUGACCACAGCUCAGAGCGCCUUCUUCGUCGGUGGGGUGAUCGGGAGCUUGGUUUUCGGAUGUGUCUCGGACAACUGGGGGAGGAGACCCGCAUUGAUUUUCGCGACAGCUCUCGACGUAUUCGGGAAUCUCGCAGCUCUGUGCCUACCGAACUACUUGAGUUACAUAAUUCUGAGAUUCAUCACUGGCCUGACCUACCCUAGUGUCUUCAGCCUGGCUUUCGUGAUGGCGAGCGAAAUCAGUGGUACCUCGGAACGGAUGACCUCGAGCAUCAUCUGCGACCUCGCGUACACGUUCGCAAUGACGCUGCUUCCCGUCGUAGCCUAUUUCGCCAGACACUGGUGGACCCUCCAGGCGUGGAUGACUUUCCCGAUGUUGCUCCUCAUCGGCUUCUAUUGGGCGCUACCCGAGUCGCCUCAUUGGCUGAUCUCCCAGGGAAGGGUGGACGAAGCGGAGAAGAUCAUCCAGAGAAUCGCAGCGGUCAAUGGGAAUCCAUUGGCGCCGAACUUCUUGCGGGAGAACUUGCAAUCUGUCGUAAUCGCUCACAGCGCGAUAUAUCAACAGUUGUGCCAUGGCUUGAGUCUGGCUGCGCCGAUUCUGCCGUCGGCGACCGCCGUGGCCUUUUUCGUCUCGAGUGUUUUCGGAUUUCCGGGAUUCUUCUUGGUUUGCAUAUCCACCCGCUAUCUCGGUCGGAGAAGCGUCAUGCUGGGAACCCUCUUCCUUAGCGGAGUUCUGAGCGCUGCGACAGCCUUCGUUCCAGAAGACUUGCCGUGGCUUGCCGUGCUGCUCCCGUCGCUUUCAAGGAUGAUCAUCACAAUUUCGUUUACGGUGAUCUACGUAUUCGCUGGGGAGCUUUUCCCAACGGUCAUAAGGGGAUUCGCGCUGGGCGCAGCCUCGACAGGAUCACAGCUUACAAUGAUAGCAAAUCCAUACAUAUUAUUCUUGGGCAACACCUACGGAAAAGGUGUGCCGUUCCUGAUCUUGGGGGUCUCUGCGAUUCUGGGGGCGCCCUUGAUGCUAAUUCUCCCGGAAACACUGAAUUCUCCUCUCCCGACAACUCUGCAGGAAUCGGAGCACUACGCCGAGUAUGUCAAACGGAGGAACGCCGGCCCGGAUCGGGCCCCGAAGAUAGAAAUAACAGACGUACGCCUAUGA